AUGAAGACGGCCGUGUUCAAGGAGUUCAAGACGGCACAGAGGCUCGCUCUCAACGACAGCCGCCACGGCGGGGGUCGGGCCGAAAGGAUUUUGGCCAAGGGGCUCGGCGGGCUCAACUCCAGCCGACAUGGUCACGGCGGUGCCUCCCUCAACACGAGCCGCCACGGCGGCGGCGGCGGCGGCGGCACCGGCGGGGGCGGGGGCGGCGGGGGCGGGGGAGUGGACACUCGCCCGGCGAUCGUGCGCGCGGCGACGUCGCUGAACGAGAGCCGCCACAAGCUGACACAGGGGCUGCGGCGCACCGUCAGCCGCGGCCAGCUGUCCGACGCCGACCAAGGGCAGAUGCACUCUCCGGUCCCCAUCUGUCACAGCAUGGUCGUGGAGGAAGGGUCUAACAUCCUUAUCCUCAAGGGGACUCUCCGCCGAAGGGUUGGAACAGCCACCUUGUCCUCGCUCAAGGAGGAGAAGGCGGUCACCAUCAUUCGCGGCGUGGGGGGCCCCGUGGAAUUUACGGAGGGGUCGGUGGUGUUCAUCAUGCCGGCCGUCCUCAUGGCAAGGGCCUCCGCGGCCCACCAGAUGCUGAUGCGCGAGAUCGAGCAGCGACACCGCGACCUGACGGCGGCCGCGGCGGAUGGGAUUAGACCGGCCAAGCUAGAGUCGGGGGUCGUGUCCGUGGACGCCGGGGCGUCUCCUGGGCCGAGAUUGGCGAAGGACGCAAUGACGAUGGCCGCGGCAGACGAGGCCAACCCUCUCGCACACCCGGACGCCCUCCGACGAAGACGGACCCUACGCGAUGCCGGCCUGGCCGCCAAGGCCAAAGCCGCCGCCGCCGCCGCCGCCGCCGACGCCGCUGGCAAGCCCGGCGAGAGCAGCAGCGGCGGCGACGGCGACGGCGGUGCUGAUCAUCACGGCGGCAGCGGCGAGGGCGGCAGGGAGGAGGCGGAAGCGCCUUGGAUAGGCAGGCGCGUGCUUAGCGUGGGAGGGGAAACCCACGUGGUGGCUACGGACCACAGCACGGCGCGCUUGUCCAUCAGCGGCUCGAGGGUAGGCCGCCAAGGGAGCUUCGUGGAGAUGCAGAACGUUCCCGUAACUGCGGCGGAGGGCGGCGACGACUUGGACGACUGUCGUGACGAGAGGCACGACCACGCCCUCAUUGACACGAUGGACGACCGGUAUAGCGGGAACGCUUAA